AUGAGAGUGUCGCGUGCUGUAGCUCUCCCACUACGGAGGGCAGGCGCCCCAAAACCAUGCCUCUCACGUUCUCUGCCUUCGGCUACAAGGGCCUUCUCUGUCUCUACGCGACGAGAUGCUACCUGGGGGUUUAUUGGACUGGGACAAAUGGGUUAUGCUAUGGCAAAGAAUCUACGCGCCAAGAUCCCUGCUUCCGACACUCUAAUAAUACGAGACGUGAACGAAGAUGCCACCAAACGGUUUGUCCAGGAGACCCAGAAGGCUGCCAGGAGCAGCGGCGCUGGUGAUGACACCUCGAAGGUGCUGGUAGCCCAAAACGCGAGGGAGGUCGCGGAGCAGUCGACAGUGAUGAUAACCAGUCUACCGGAGCCCGAACACGUUAAGAAUGUUUUCUACGGCGUUCUUCGGAGUGGUGAGCUCCCUGCCUUGGAGCAAGAGCGGCUUUUCAUCGACACAUCCACGAUAGACCCUGCUUCCUCUAAGGAAAUAGCAAAUGCAAUCCACACGACGAACCAAGGUCGAUUUGUCGAUGCCCCUAUGUCAGGCGGAGUGGUGGGAGCCCGUGCGGGUACACUGUCUUUUAUGUUCGGUGCAUCGUCUCAGUCUGGCCAACUAGUGGAACGUGUGAACUCUGUCUUGCUUCUCAUGGGGAAAAAAGCAAUGCACAUGGGACCCUCAGGAACCGGCGUUUCCGCGAAGCUCGCCAAUAACUACAUCCUCGCGAUCAAUAACAUCGCAACAGCCGAGGCCAUGAACCUCGGUAUGCGGUGGGGUCUCGAUCCCAAAGCCCUAGCUGAGUUGGUCAACACCUCAACGGGUCGCUGCUGGCCCAUGGAGAUUAACAACCCAGUUCCGGGCGUGGUCGAGACCGCACCGGCCUCACGUGGCUACGAGGGUGGAUUUGGCGUUGGUCUAAUGAACAAAGACCUCCGGCUGGCUCUUGCCGCUGCAAAGGAGUCUGGCUCUCCACUCGCGUUGGGAGACAUGGCUCGCAACGUGUAUAACGCCGUCGAGGAGGAGCAUCGAGGUAAGGAUUUCUCCGUGGUAUAUAAGUGGCUGCAGGACAGGUCAUCACAGCAAUGA